AUCGAUGUCUUUACUGAUUAAGUUGUGUAUGAAUUUAAAAAAUAUUCUUACAAGAUUAUAUCCAAUAAUAGUUUCAAUUUAAAUGUUAUUUUAUAACUAAAUAUUGUUAUUAUUAACAAUUUAGUUUUUAAAGCUACAAUAUAAGUGUGAAUAAUGAGCGAUACAAAAGAUUAUGAAGCAUUUAGAGAAAGGAAUAUUGCAGAACGAAAUGCAUUUUUAAAAGAAUUUUUAAAAGAAAUUAAAGAAGAUACUGCAGAAAUAAAUAGAUUAGAAAGUAGCAGAUUAAAUUUUACACGUAAAAAAAAUAGAUGUUCAAAAAUUUUGAGGUUCACAACUAAAAAAUACCACUCUGAUGCCAGUAAAUCAAAAACAUAUCCUGAUCAAUGUGUUGACCUAUCUUUUCGUAAAAAAUAUAACACUAGAAGUAAAAAACGGAAGCUUGAAGAAUCAAAUGAUAAUAAUGAUGAUAAUGAUAAUGAGGAUAUUAUAGUUCCAAAAAAAGGCUCUAAUCUAAAAGUUAUGUUUUCUUGGUCUAGGCCUAUCCAAAGAGAUAUUGAUUUAAUGAGAUUUGACUUCAGUGAAGACGAAAGUGAAGGUACAAAUACUGAUGUAGAAGAUUAUAUACAUAAAAAAAAGAAGAUUCACAGAAUAUCAAAAGUUAUUGAUCAGUCAAUUAAAAUUCCUUCAUUAGAAGAAAUUACUAAAGAAAUGUUAAAUAAUAUAGCAGUUAAAGCAAGUGGAAAAAACUAUGAUGCAAUAAAUGGUACAUCUUGUCAUCAAUGUCGACAAAAAACAAUAGAUACUAAAACAUUUUGUAGAUCAGGCAAAUGUAUUGGAGUUAGAGGACAGUUUUGUGGACCUUGUUUAAUGGGAAGAUAUGGAGAAUCAGCACUAAAUGCCUUACAAGAUCCUAACUGGGUGUGUCCACCAUGUCGAAAUUUGUGCAAUUGUAGCAUUUGCAGAACAAGAAAAGGUCAAAGACCAACUGGAAUAUUAGCACCACUUGCAAGAGAGGAAGGAUAUGAUUCAGUAAAAGAUUAUUUACAAGCUUUGGAUUGUAAAAAAUAAACCAUAGCAUAAAUAUCUUUAAA